AUGGUGAUUCCUGGAGCUAUCCUUACUGUUCUCAUUUGUGAUAUUGAUCUUGGAGAGGUUGGAGGUUUGAUCGCAAAGAUGGUUAGGAACUACGAUAACUGGGAGAGGCUGGUGGAAGCCGUGAUGCACAGGGAGCAGUUUCGGCAGCUUAGCUUAUGUUCUUUCGGGCUAAUUCCUCCUCCUUUACUCCCCGGUAUGGAUCGAAGGGAGCAGAUUGGAAGGAGAAAGAUGCACCCAAAGAGAAGAAAUCCUAUAUGGAAAGCUAUGUCAAUCUUUGUAAGAAGAGGUUUCUCGUUGUUGAAGGGGAAUCGAAGAGAUGAAAGGGAGCUAUGGGAGGCUCAGAGAACACUAGAAAAUACCAGGCAGAGGUUUGGAGAAGUUUCGGAGACAGACGUGGCGGAGACAAGAACUGAGACAGAAAGGCUUCAAAAACUGCACACUCUCAAGGGACAUAUUGAAUCAGUUCUUAGAGCAAAAGGCAUCGACUUAGAUUCGAUUCCUCGUCACUACACCAUUUGA